AUGGGAUCUGAAAUGAAUUUAAUAGGACACCCCCAGCUAGCUACUGCAGAUGGAUUUUCUCUAGCUGAAGGUCCUCAUUUAUUUGGUAUCCUUUCAGAGCCAAUGAGUUCUCCAGUGCAAGAAGCAGAUGUUUCACCUUACGCACAGUACAACAGUGUGCCAUUUCCCCAAGUUCAGCCUCAGAUUUCAUCACCACCUUAUUACUCCAACCUGGGCUUCUACCCUCCACAGCACGAGGAAUGGUAUUCCCCUGGGAUGUAUGAGCUCAGGAGAAUACCCUCAGAGACCUUUUUCACAAGAGAGACAGAGAUAAUGGAUAUUCCUGCAGCCAAAAAGCCUAGACUGGGCCACUCCACAGGAAGAAUGAAAGGAGAAGAGCUCUGUGUAGUCUGUGGUGACAAAGCCUCUGGGUACCACUACAAUGCUCUCACUUGUGAAGGAUGCAAAGGGUUCUUCAGAAGAAGCAUCACAAAAAAUGCAGUGUACAAAUGUAAAAAUGGAGGCAACUGUGAGAUGGAUAUGUACAUGAGGAGGAAGUGCCAAGAGUGCCGUCUAAGGAAAUGCAAGCAAAUGGGCAUGUUGGCUGAAUGUAUGUAUACAGGUCUAUUAACAGAAAUACAAUGCAAGUCAAAAAGGCUACGGAAAAAUGUGAAACAGCUCCCAGAUCAAACAGUCAAUGAAGAUAAUGAAGGCCAUGACAUGAAACAAGUGACAUCUACAACUAAAAUGUAUAGGGAGAAAGUAGAAUUUACCCCAGAACAGCAGAACCUUCUUGAUUACAUCAUGGAUUCAUACAGCAAACAACAAAUACCUCAGGAGGUGUCAAAAAAGCUGUUACACGAGGAAUUCAGUGCUGAAGGGAAUUUUCUGAUUUUAACAGAAAUGGCUACCAGUCAUGUACAAGUUCUUGUGGAAUUCACUAAAAAACUACCAGGCUUCCAAACCCUUGACCAUGAAGAUCAGAUUGCUUUGCUGAAGGGCUCAGCAGUAGAAGCCAUGUUCCUCCGUUCAGCUGAAAUCUUCAGUAGGAAACUUCCUACAGGUCAUACUGUCCUUCUAGAAGAAAGAAUUCGUAAUAGCGGUAUCUCAGACGAAUUCAUAACUCCCAUGUUUAAUUUUUAUAAAAGUAUUGGAGAGCUGAAGAUGACACAGGAGGAAUACGCACUGCUCACAGCAAUAGUGAUCCUGUCCCCAGACCGACAAUACAUAAAGGACAGAGAGUCGGUGGAAAGGCUUCAGGAGCCACUGCUGGAUAUCCUGCAGAAGUUCUGCAAGCUGCACCACCCGGACAACCCGCAGCACUUUGCGUGCCUCCUGGGCCGCCUCACCGAGUUACGGACGUUUAACCACCACCACGCAGAGAUGCUGAUGUCCUGGAGAGUGAACGACCACAAAUUCACCCCUCUCCUCUGCGAGAUCUGGGAUGUGCAGUGAUGGAUACCCGUUGUUUUUAUUUCAGGACAAACGUCUUUUUUAAAGGACCACACAGCAUUUAUUUUCAUAGGAAAAAAAAAAAGCAAUAUACCACAGUGCAUUCAUUUUUCUUUACUGCAUUUUUAUAGAAACUUGCCAUGGAGCUCACAAAAGCCGUUUUGUGCGUUAUACACAGAAUACUGUAUAGCUGUCAGAUUUCCGCACGUGAGUUAUAAUUUUCUCUGUAUUUAUAUUCUCUGAUCGGAAAGAAUUCAGCGGCUCCUCGCAGGAACCCCACUAAUCCCUCCUGCAAUUGCUCUCUUUGCAGAGUUCCUCUUGCAAAAUGGGGCGAUGCGGGCUUCCAUUCACAUUUUUCAUUGCUGUGUUUUUGUGCUUGGCCUCCAUUAAAGAAUAUAUUCCAAAUAUUUACCGCAAUAAACCAGCAGAAAUGAUUAGUGCCACGGUGUGUAACUGAAAUGUGCUCGCCGCGUGAGACAGGCAAGCUCCGAUUUCUUCACAAGAUGAAAAAUCACCACGGGCAGAGGGACACGCACGCACACAAGGCACUUUUCAUGACGCAGACAUGUAAACUUAAUCUGUGUUCGUACUAAUUCAAAGUAAAAUCAGGUUAUUUUGCUCUAGAGCGGUAACGUCCAAGAGCCCACCGCAGGACGGCGGCCGCGGCCUCACAG